GGAGCUGGCCAGCGAGGCCUCCUUUAGCUGCGCUGCAGCCUUUGUCAAAGCGGGAAUGUGUGCGGCCCGGCGCCCGCAGUCGGCCAGGCCGGCGGUCCGCGGGUUAGAGUCCAGGCGGUCGGAUCGCAGCGGGAAGGCCUUUUCCCUCUAAGGGGCAGCCAGAACAGGGAGCUGAUUACCCCCCUUGAAGUGCAAAAGGCUGCUUUCGGCACCCGAGUGGUUCUCGACUUUUACCUCGUGAUCUCACCGCUCCGGCUAGAUUGAAAUCAUGGCAGGUCCAGAAACUGAUGCCCAAUUCCAUUUCACUGGUAUCAAAAAAUAUUUCAACUCUUAUACUCUCACAGGUAGAAUGAAUUGUGUAUUGGCCACAUACGGAGGCAUUGCUUUGAUGAUUUUAUACUUCAAAUUAAGGUCUAAAAAAACACCAGCUGUGAAAGCAACAUAAAUGGACUUUAACUUGGACCUCAUCUCUUAAGUUCCCAUGCUUGGAAAAGCUAAUGUAAACUCAUCAUGUGAUACUCAAUUUGUACAAUAAAUUAUGAACCUGGAAAA